AUGGCCGGUGACAAAGGGGAUGGCGAUGUGCCGACGCCCGAGAGAUCGCAAGGGGAGGGCAACGCCCGAGCGGCCAACGAUCAACCGGGAAAGCCGGCCCGCACAGCACCCCAACGUCCGGGCUUCGAUGUAAGAAACCAAGGAAGAGGACCCCCGCCCGCGCCCAAACAGGCACCAUCCAUCAUCGACAGGGGUUCUCUCCCCGAUAUCUUUCCCGACGGAGAAUUGGCUUCCCCCUCGUCAUGGACCGACGGUGUCUUACAUGGCGCGGGGAUGUCUUUGGUGGACACAUCCAUGGUCUCCCCAGAGGUCGUGCGCGCUCCUCUGCAACUGCAACUUCACCAGAACGAGCUGUUCGAGAGAAUUAUUGUGGCCAUGGAUGACCCCAAGUUCGCCAGCAACCGCGCCAAGAUGGGGGGGAUCGCGCGGGAAGUCGCCAACGCCAAGGACAUGGGGGGCGAUGCGUCAACGGAUGACUUGCGCAAGCGCCCCCUCACCGACAGCGAGAUGCGUGAAGGAGAAAUCGAGGUCUUCGAUCGGACGAAGGACUACGGGGGGCAGGGGGCUGCAGCAGCCGCCAACAGCAGUCCGCGCGAGAGAGCCUCGUCAGGUGAACGGCCGCGUGGCGAACGACGGCCCUGCGUGGACCGUCCCGGCGGGUCUAUACUAGUGCUGGUCGGAGCGGACGCCAUCAACGAGGUGGGAACCGAGACCUAUGCGUGGAGGACGGGUGACCCCCACAGAUCGUCGAGGGAGCCACACGAGGCGAUUCUUGCCCUUGUCUUCCUCGGGGGGCUGGUAUGGUGCCCGGAGUCCAUCGCACUCAACCAAAAGGUCGGGGGGACGUUCAACGACGACCAGCGGUCACGUGGGGGAAAUUUUGUGGAAUCGUGGCAAUAUGGGGUCGAUGAGAAGGUGUGGAAGGGCCAGCGGGAACCCACCGCGAAGGAGGAGAAACUGGUCCAGAAGAAGAGGGACGACUCUUCCGCGGGCGGGAGCAGGCAAGGAGUGUGGGAGGUGCAUGUACAUCGAGGAGUGAGACGGGCUCGCGAUCCCGGACCUACGACCCGACGCGGCCCCGGAUGCGUGGGUCGCUCUCGUGAGGCAUCACAUGAUCCGCCGGCGGGUCGCAGGCAAGGGUGGCCUGUCGCCGUGGGAGGGGGACGCCGACCUGGUCGUUCCCUCAAGGGCGACGAGGGGGUGGUGUUCCUGACGGAGUGGCAGGCGAGUCAGAUCGUGAAGGAGCACAACGAUUUGAACAAAGAGUGGCUGAAGAAGAACCCCAACAAUUAGGUUGCCGCGUUGUCGUGCAGAUCGAAGUCCGACGGGGGUUCGGUAGGCUGUCAGCUGGGCAGGCGGGCCCUCGUUGUGUUGUAGUCCCGUGCGUUCCCCGAACCAUGUCGCUGGGUCGCUAGUCGUGUCGAUUGAUGCAAAACCAAGAGUUUGCGUGAACCUCCCGUAGGGGCUGGGUUCUACAGAGGCAAAGUGCAUGCUACGAAUAAGUGUGUGUUGCCGUUGACGGGACGGGUUUUGCGCUCGUACGGGUGGGUCUGAGCAUGUCUUGACCGAGCUAGGCUCGUCACCUAGAGCUCCUGCGUUCUAGUCCGACGAUGUAGUUCCCCGUGCUAGAGGUAGAGAGAGAGAGAGACGGCUGCAGUGCCCUUGUCGUUUUUGUUAGGCUUUAUUCGAUAUCCGGGUACUGCGGGUCGACAUUCCAUUCUAUCAUAGAGGAAUUUUCUUACGAUCACUCACCGUCCUUUACAAUGGUACAUGGCCACCCGUUGGCUUUUCUGAGUAUGUGUACGUACAUCGAUGUUGUGUCAACGGGCCUGUGUUGGUGACCUCUGGCGUGUCGACCCAGUAUGUCAAUUGAGCGGGGUCGACGGAGCUAUGAUGAUUGUAUGUAUUUUUGUUAAUAUUAGACUCCCCAAGAUUACCUGUGCUUUUGUUACCCUCGAAACAUUAUGUCGGCAAUUUGUGUAGAUGGUGUGUUGUGGGUUCAUAGUUGGCAGUCAAGACGAGCUCUGUUGUCGUGGAACGAGAUUUUUUUUUUAUGGCGAUCACGUGCACAAGUGCACGGGGUGCCUAUACUGGUAUCCCGGGGGAAGUCGUUGCAGUCGACUCCGUGUUGGUUUGUCACGGGGUGUGUUUAGCGCGUUGAGCUGCUGUGCCACCAACAGCUCGACAAAACAUCCUCCUUGGAAAUGUUCCGCGCACAUUCCCCGUCGUUGGUUUUCGCGGAGGGGAACGUUUUUGAGAAUACCACCGAACUUGGCUUUGAUUGGAUCAACGGCAAGCUUGGCAGGGUGUAUAUG